AUGCCACCACAUGAAGAGUUCUCGACUAAAGGAUUGGAGGGUGCACCAAGUAAUGAUAUAGGUUGGCACUUUGGAACUCCAGUGCCAAAUGCGAAAGGAAAUAUCGUAUGUAAACUUUGUGGUAAAUUUGUGAAAGGAGGAAUAACACGAUUUAAAGAGCACAUUACUCAUAAAACCGGCAAUGUUGCACCAUGCCCUAAUGUUACUGGCAAGCAACUCGAGAAAGUAUCCAAUCACAACAUGAGUGGCAUAGAAGGGAAGAAUUCAGAAGAAGUAUUGGUGAUUGGGAUAACAUUUAUGAAGAAGGGCGAUGUUCUCAUGGAUCAGCUAGAUAAUAUCAUAGAGAAAGAACAAGAAGACGGUGAAGCGGUAUUUAAAUUUAUAAUAUAUGAAAGACUUCCUUUCCAAUUAGCAAGCUCUCCAUGGUUGUAUAACUUAAUUCAAGUGUCAACAGAAGUUGGACAAGGUGUAAAGCUCCCAACACCUUAUGAGGUUUCAGAAGUGCAUUUGGAGUCAGAGUAUCAACGAGUUCGUGAUUGGGUAAAUGGACUAAAGACUCAUUGGAAAGAAUUGGGUGCAACUCUAAUGUGUGAUGGUUGGACCAACAGUUUGAAUCAAAUGCACAUCAUUAAUUUCCUUGUUUAUUGCAGUAAAGGAACCAUUUUUUGGAAAUCGGUAGAUGUCUCAAGUGUCCGUAGUAGAGUUGCUGAAUUCUACUACUGUUUGUUAGAUUCAGUUGUAGAAGAAAUUGGAGAAAAUUACAUUGUCCAAAUAGUGAAUGAUAAUGAGGCAGCAAUGAAAGCUGCUGGAAAGAAAUUAAUGUUGAAAAGAAAACAUCUAUAUUGGACCUAA